UGAAAAUUUCUAGCUUCUGUCGGAUGUAGUGGGCCUGGUAGGAUUUGGGAUAUUGCAUCAUCAACACCUGUAGCUGCUUUGCAGAAAGUAAAGGAUGAGCGAUUUGGCUUCUGCAGAUUCUCACAUAGUAUUCAGAACCAUCAAGUUCUAUAUGUCACUGCAAUGCAAGUGGGACAAUUGAAGGCGACAUAUUAGUUUUACAUUCUUCCAGUAUGCGGUUACAUACAGCAGUUAAGAAAACUCAUCUUGGCAUAGUUACAUCCCUGAUGUUUUCACAUGAUUCAAGGGCUCUUUUGUCAACAUCUUUUGAUUCAAGUGCAAGAGUGACACUAGUUGAAGAUAAGAAGGAAAGAGGAUUAAGCUUGUGGGUCAUCUUAUUCAUGAUAUUGCUAGCGAUAGCCGUGUAUUACACAAAAUUGGCAGAAUUGCUUUCGUAGAGAGCACUCCUACUGCUUGAAAAUGUGUGGAAUAUCUUCCAAGUGGAUCAUGAUAUUUUAAUUCUUCUGUCUUUAAAUUUACCAGUUAUAUACUCUUGUUUAGUUAGUGGUGGAAGCGUGAGUGGACAAGGUAGCCCAACCAAAGAUUUAUAAACUAUCUUUUUAAUUUCAUGAGCCCAAAUUGAAAAAGCCCAAUUAGCCGCCUAUAUAAUCAUAACACAUUACCCUAUCAAAUCCGCAUUGUCCUACAAGCCACAAAUCCGCAGCCUAUAUAAUCAUAACACAUUACCCUAGCUAUCAAACCCACUUUGUCCUACAAGAUACAAAUCCGCCGCCUAUAUAUAAAACAAGUUAAAUUUGGUUCAAGAAAUUACAAAUCAAUGGAAACUUCCAACAAUGGGCACCAACUAUUGGUUGAAGAGUCUAGCAAUCACCUAGGUCAAUCAAGCUAUCAAAUGAUAUUAGAGGAUGGUUAUUCAGAAUUAUCACUCAAUCAUCCUUCUAUUGGUCAGGUAAUCCAACU